AGAGGGACCUGGACAGGCUCGACAGCCGAGCAGAGAGGGACCUAACAAAGUUGCUCAGGACAAAGCCUCUAGAAGAGCUCAAAGCUUUGCAAUUGCUAGGCAAGAAUAGUUGUUUUGGUAAGGGGUCAUGUGGUGAUGUCCAGUCAGGGGAACCACUCAAUCUCUGUAAGUUACAGAGCCAGUUCCUUAACGGUGUAAAGAAAGUCUUUGAGGCAAACUGCAAAUUCAGAAACUUCUCCUAAUAUGAAGUUGGAUUUUCACAAUUUCCUGGCAUGCUGGAUGAAGCAUAGGGAUUCCAAAAGGGAUGUGAAAGCAAGCCAAUAAAUCUUCUUUUAGAGUUCACACGUGUUUCCUGCUUGUUCCUUGAAGAACUUGCCAAACAAUGUUACUUUUGAAAUCCAUUCAAAGACCUGAUAGGAAAAAAUAUUGGCCAAAAGUGUUAGCCUGUGUUUCUGAAUAGGAACAUGUUUCUUGUGUCAAUUCAAGAUUUGUACCAGGGUUUGGGGAUUUUGGUGUGGAUGCUUUCAAUGUAAGUUGCUUCUUUGCAGGACUUUGAAUAAUUAGACUUUGAAUAAUUAGAUCAUGCACCAGAGACAACAUUUUACUGUGUCCUGCUGUCCAGUGCUGAAAAGGGUUGAGGAAGAGUCGGUGGCUGUGUGUCGAUGCAUAACGUGCGGGAGAGGCACAGGAGCACUUCCCAGGGCCUGGAGAAGCAAACGGGUUCCUGGUGCUGAGGACAAAGUGUCCACAGCUCAGGACUGCAUGGCUGAGCUCUUCUGGCUCCUUCUGCUUCAAUGCCUUGCCGAGACACAGGUUCCCUGCAGAGCCCCGGGUGCAGCUUCCCAACGCUCCCCUCUUCCUCCGCCUCCACCCUGCCUCCUGGGUAAAGGCAUUCCCUGGCAUUGCACCUGCUGUGCCUCCCUCCUAGUUCAGUGAAGGCAUUGUUUUCCACCCAGGGGGGCUCUCCCCUGGAGACAGGAACAUGGAUGAACUCCCGGUGCCCCAGCAUCAGGCAGGUGCAGGGUAUCUCUGCUUGUCAGCCCCUGCCCUGUUUCCCUGGGGUCCCACUGACUGUUCUAGCAGUCAAUGAUCUGGACUUUGCAGGAGCGUGUUUGCAAAGGCGUGAAUGCGAAAACUCUACAAGAACGGUUUGUGUGUGUCCCGUCUUGACUUUUUUCAAUAUAGUUGCUAGAAGGAAAGCAUGGACAAAACUGGCAAAGUUCUUUAAUGUGGGAAAAGCAAUUGACUCCUGAGCUGAGCACUGUUGCAAGCUCUCCAGUCAGAUACAAGGUAAUCUUUCAUUGAAUUUCCCGGGUUUCCAUAGAGUCAGUGUAAAGGAUGAGCUUUCUAAGGAGCUUAAUAGUAAUUUUUCCGCUUAAUAGGAAAUGUCAAAUUCAUGAGAUCGUUAGAUGACAGGAGAAUUGAGGUCGGGAGGCAGCUGCAGUGGUCCCCAGCUUUAUCUCCUGUUCCCAACAGUGAUCAGCACGGGCAUGAAAUCAGGUUCAUCUCAGUUUACUGCAGAGAGGUCUUGAGGAAAACGUCGCUUCACCAAGAGCAGGUUUGGAAUCUGUGCAGUGCAAGAGACCCUGCACAAGCUCUCUGGGCAACAGACUGCCAGGAGCAGGAGCCCUGGCGUGGCCGUGCCUGAACAGCACCUUUGUGCCUACAGUGCCACCCUUGAUGGCUGCCCUGGGGCCUGGGCUUGGACCCUGCACUUGCUGCAGGAGUCUCUGGCCUGGUUCCGUGCUGACCAAAGGCUUGGAACCAUCUCAGAACCUCGGUUCCCAAGGGGGUGGCCUCAAGUGGUUGCCGGGCAUGUGAAGCCAUGGCUGCCUCAAUCUUGGGAGCAAGAUGCUGAUGUCAGAGUGGCCAUUGUGACACGUGCGACCAAAGCCCCAAAAGGGAAGGCUGGGCUCAGGCCGUGUGUCAGUGCGACCUGGCAACGGGAGGAGAAGAAUCAGCGCAGGAACAUCCAGAGGAGACCGCGGUGUUCCUGAACGCGACGACGGGAGCAGAAGGCGGACAGGAGCAGGGCUCACGCAGGGCUGACCAGGGAGUAGCACCCUCGUAGCUCUGGGCCUGUUCUCCAAACUCCCAUCACUCUUCUCUCUCCCACAGAGAGACAGGACCAGCACCUGGCGGAGGCAGCGGCGUUCCUGGACAGGGAUUCGGCGCUGACAGCCGCCAUGUGCGACAGGGAGCAGGAGGGCCCUGAUGGCAGGGAGCCAGAAUGCGUGUUGUGUCACCGUGCAGACGCUGACCCGGACACCUGCGGAAACAGACGGGAGAAAUAUGGGCUCUGUGCCCACAUGUUCUGCCUGUAUUUUGCCACUCUUCUUUUCCGGCAAGAAAAGAAACAUGUUGGACUCCUGGGCUAUCUUCCUCAAGAUAUCCAAUGUGCAGUCAGGCGGGCGGCACAGAAGCACUGCUGCGUCUGCGGCCAGAGCGGGGCCACCAUCAUGUGCUGCGAGGAAGACUGCAACAGAUGGUUCCACCUGCCCUGUGCCAAGGAGGGCGGCUGUGUCAAUCACUACUUUGCCUCAUACAGAUCCUUCUGCCCUGAGCACCGUCCAGUGCAGAUUGUGCAGGUGACUCCAGAGCCGGGCACCGAAUGCCCCAUCUGCAUGGAGCCAGUGGAGGACAGAAUGACCUUCACCACCAUCGUGUGCCCAACGUGCCAAAGAGCCUGGUUCCACAGGGACUGCCUCCAGGGACAGGCCAUGCGUGCUGGUCUUUUCUCCUUCCGCUGCCCCCUCUGCAGAGACCAUGAGGUAUUCGCUGUCGAAAUGUUCAUCAUGGGAAUCCGCAUCCCCUUCAGACUGCCAACAUGGGAGGACAACGACGCCUUCGCGGAUCUGAGAGUGCGUCACAGCAGGUGCAAUGCCAGGGAAUGCCUUUACCCAGGAGGCAGGGAGGAGGCAGAGGAAGAGGGGCCCUGGGAGCUGCUCCUGUGCUCCUCCUGUGCUGCCGAGGGCACCCACAGGCGCUGCUCUGGCCUGACAGUGAGGAGAACCCGCUGGGAGUGUGACAGCUGUGCUGGUCUCGACACAGCCCCCAGGGAUGAGCAGCCAGAGCUCAAUGACCCCAGCCGGAUCAGACAGUCAAGACUGGAGCCUGCUCACGGCCUUUCAGAAUCCGAGGCCAUCAGGCCGAGCUCCAGCAGCGCAGUGCCAUCGGGUCUGGCUCCCCAGUCUCCAACUCCGGGGACCAGCAGCCACAGAAGCCCCCGGCAUGCAGUUUCUUCCUUGGCAGACACCGGCAGCGCACACACACCAAGGGCAAGAUCCAGCAGCUGGACGGGCCCUGAGGACAGGGUCCAUUCCAGACAUGCUGGGCCUGACAGCAGGCGAAGGCGCUCUCACCAGCAGAGGCGGGCCUCAGAUGGGGCCGUCCGGUCGCGGAGUCGCCGUGACAGGAGCAGUAGGAGAGCAUCAAGUGCAGAGAGGCGCAGGCAAAGGGAGACACCGUCGCGGGCUUCCCGCAGACACAGCCGCUCCCGGCAGCAAGCUCAUGCCCAGAGUCCACCUGCCCGGUCGAGGAGUUGCCAUGACAGGAGCAGCAGGAGAACGUCGAGGGCAGAGAGGCCCAGGCGAAGGGAGACGUCCUCAGGGACGUCCCCGAGACGCAGCCGCUCCUGCGUGCAACGUCGAGCCUCGGAUCAACCUGUCCGGUCCAGGAGUCACCAGGACAGGAGCAGGAGGAGAGCAGCAAGUGCUGAGAGGCCCAGGCUCAGGGGGACACCGUCAGGGACGUCGCGCUGGAGCAACCGCUCCCGCCAGCCACGUCGGGCCUCAACUGGGACCUCCAACAGCAGCAUGUAGUGUCAUCUUUUCUUUCUAGUCCCUCUGUUUGCUGCCGUAAGUGAAGUAAAGCCUUUCUUCAGUAAAGCAGAGGGAGAAAGAAGAGAGUGAGACACUGCUUUAAGUGUCUGAAGAAAUCGAUUGCGACACUGCUGCUGAUUUAAAACACUUGCUUGGACCUUCAAAGAUGAAACCGGAAAAGACAGUGGAAAUAGGCUGGGACAAAGAGGAUGCGCAGGACUCUGCCCCAGACGAACGUCUGGGACCUUUGCCUGAAAACGACAGAACUCAGGAGUCCAGUGCUUUCCAGUCUUCCUUCUUUGGAGACACAGAGGAGUUGGGCAUCAAAGAAGGUAACAGCAGAACCCUCCUAACGGAGCCAUUUCUAAGGAACGGCUUCUGGCAGGCACUGUAGAGCAAUAUGGUGUAAAGAAGGUCAUAAUCCAGAGGAUUUUCAGCAGCAGAAGUCAGUACUUCUGCUGAAGCAUUUUGAUCUUCAUUUCUACUUGCCAAGCUUGUGGGAGAUUAAUGAGAGAGCCUCACGUACUUGGAACGAUAAAACCGGAAAACGUCGGGUGGCAACAGGAUUCACAUUUCCAAGACAUCCCGUCUGGGGCUGCUGAUGAGCCGGAGAUGUCAGAAAUUGAAAAGCACCAAGAA